UCGCAGAGCGGGCAGAAGUUGUGGAGAGCGCGGCUCUUCCAUGGGCUGAGGACGGAGAGCGCAGCCCGCACCCUGCCCGCACGCACCAUGUUCCAGCCCGCUCCCAAGAGGUGCUUCACCAUCGAGUCUCUGGUGGCCAAGGAGAGCCCGCUGCCCCGCAUAGCCGAGGACCCGCUGCGCCCCGCCGCCCUCAGCUACGCGGGCUCCGGCCACAUCAACCCCUUCCUGAACGGCUUCCACUCCGCGGGCCGCGGCGUCUACUCCAGCCCGGACUUGGUGUUCGCAGAGACGGUCUCUCACCCGCAGAACCCCCCGGUGCCCGUGCACCCGCUGCCCCCUCCGCACCCGCUGCCCGCCUCGCACUCCCCGCACCCGCUUUUCUCCUCUCAACAAAGGGACCCGUCCAGCUUCUACCCCUGGCUGCUGCACCGCUACAGGUACCUGGGGCACCGCUUCCAAGGUAAUGACACAAGUGCAGAGAGCUUCCUAUUGCACAAUGCUUUGGCCCGAAAACCCAAGCGGAUCCGAACUGCCUUCUCCCCGUCCCAGUUACUGCGGCUGGAGCACGCCUUUGAGAAGAACCACUAUGUGGUCGGCGCAGAGAGGAAGCAGCUGGCGCACAGCCUGAGCCUCACAGAGACGCAGGUAAAAGUUUGGUUCCAGAACCGGAGGACGAAGUUCAAGCGGCAGAAGCUGGAGGAGGAAGGCUCGGACUCUUCCCAGAAGAAGAAGGGCACCCACCACAUCAACCGCUGGAGGAUCGCCACCAAGCAGGCCAGCCCCGAGGAGAUCGACGUCACAUCGGACGAUUAACAUUGCGACAUUCGGCACUUUUCAGGACACUUUUGUAUACUGGGGCCGGCGAUGGACAGGAGUGGCCCCCGGGGCCCCCCGCCGGGCGGAGACGCUGGAGUAUAUGUGGAUCCGCGGACCUGCUCCGCACACUGCUGCCGGAGGACGUGUAAAUGGCGCAGAGGUGUCGCGGAUUGUACAGACGUCUGUGUGUUGUGGUGACACU